AUCGAGGACUUAAGUAGAAACCCUAGAAGACCUAUGGUGGUUCUCCAUGAUAUUCCUGAGUUAAUAAUUUUGCUCGAAGUUUCUAGAACUUUGCAUUAACAAGCCGAGUACUAGUAACAAGUACAUAUCCUUCUUUUUUCUUUUUGGGGAGAUUGAGAUGAAUUGCUACAGCUGGCAGAAGCCAAAUCCAAACGGCAAGAUAAAAAAACUGAUCAGGGCAUAAUUGCAAUUAUUCGAACGUCAAAGGGGACCAAAAAGUAAAUAUAGAGAAAGAAAUUCUCAUAAUGGUUUAGGUUGUCUCGGCGCAUCGAGGUCAUAGACUCGUUAGCUUUCCUUCCAUUGCCUUCCAGGAAGGACGACGAUCCCAACUGUCAAACCAUGUACGGCGGACUCUCUUCCAAGCUGGGCCGCUCCGCCGCCCACAACAAGCGCCCAUAAGACUUGCGCCUGACCUCGUCGACGAGAUCAGGCGCGUGGAGGCACAAGGUGGUAGGGCGCGUAUGAAAUUCGACCCCAAUCCUCACAAUCCCAACGGGAAUAUUAUUGAUGUUGGUGGAAAGGAAUUCAGGUUUACAUGGUCAAGGGAAUUUGGUGACCUUUGUGAUAUUUAUGAGGAGCGGCAGAGUGGUGAAGAUGGAAAUGGUUUGUUUGUUGAAUCUGGCUCUGCAUGGCGCAAGCUGAACGUGCAGCGAAUCCUGGAUGAGUCAACUAAAAAUCAUCUCAAAAUGCGGUCAGUCGAAGCCGACAAGAAGUCAAAGCAACGGAAAGCCAUUGUCUUAGAGCCUGGAAACCCAUCUUUGAAGUGCCAGAUUAAGCAAUUAGCUGCUGUGGAGGCUACACCAUGGAAGAACUACAAUAAAAAGAAAGAGGCUGCUCUUAAGAAAAGGAAAGUGGAAACUCUUCAAGUCGGAGGCCCCCCAAAAACUACCCAUAACCCUAAAUCUGGAUUUACGUCAACAACUACUUCUAAGAGCAAAAUUCCUUCCCCUCUUCCAUCUCCACCUGAUCCAUUUGCUGCUGCUUCCUCUCCACUCGGGGCAGUAAAUACUUCUAAGGUUAAUGAUGAUGCUGUACCAUCACAAAUGAUGGGUAAGCAAGAUACAAAUGCAAUUCCUGAGAAAGAAAUCCCCACCAAGGCAAACAAUGCUAUGAGGAAUUCAUUAGGAGGCAAGGGAAAUAAUGGAUCUAAACCAACAGAUUUGCAGGGCAUGUUGGUUUCUCUUCUCAUGGAUAAACCUAAAGGAAUGAGUUUGAAGAUUGCAAAAUACCAGUUCCCAGGGAAGUAUAUUUUGAAGCCGGGAGUGGAUUUGGAAAGCAUAAAAAAGCCUCAGAAUGAAUGCGGAAGCUCCCCUGAUGAUAACAAUCCCCAAAUGCAUGCACGUGAAGAAUUUCAUGAUUCAACAUCAGCUCCACAGGGUGGCUUUGAAGAGAAAGUCUCAAAUGACGAUUUUGAGGAGCAGUUGCAAGGAAAAUCCAAAGUGGAAGAAGAAUUAAACACAUUGGAAAAGGUUGACAUUCAACAUACUUCACCUGAUAUUGGUGAUGAAAAAAGAGGUGCUGAUAAUAGUGAAGGGCAGGCAGGCAGCUCUAGUGAGAGUGGAACUGACAGUGACAGUGAAAGUGACAGCAGUGACAGCGGAAGUGAGAGUGGAAGCCGUAGUAGGAGCAGAAGUAGAAGUCCUGCUGGAACAGGGAGUGGGAGUAGUAGUGACAGUGAUACUGAUGCAUCUUCCAGCAGUAAGGACAUCCAGGACGGUUCUGAUGAGGAUGUAGAUAUUAUGACUAGUGAUGAUGAAAAAGAGUCAAGGCCCAAACCAGAAGCCUCUGAUCCAAGAAUAUCGUUACCCGGUCCAGUAAAAUCUCCUGAUGGAAGAUCUAUGCAGAACGAGUUUCAUGAGAAGCAGGAUGGUAAUGAAUCUGAUGCAGUUGAGAUUGAAAAAGACUUACCUGAAGAAGAAGAAGCUGAAAUUGCUCCAACUACUGGUGCCAUCUCUAAUGCAAGUGGCAAAUUUGCAGAUGAUACAAAACCUUUUUCACCUGAUUUGCAACAGCUCCAAGAGCGCCAAAAUUAUAUUGGGAGUUUGUUUGAUGAAAGGGAAAGUGAUGUUAAGGAUAGCUAUAGGCAUGAACAGUCUGACAGCUCUGAUAGGCUAUCGAUGGGUAAGAAGAGGCCUUCUAAUGUGAAGAACAUUGAUGAGAAAUCUGAACGGACCAAGAGGUUGAAAGCAGGAAACUUGGCUCAAGGAUCAUUUUCUCCUGACAUGGAUGUGCAAAUGUUGGAGAGUUCUCACAAUUUGUCUCCUCCUGAGUUUGCUGAAGGCAAUUCUAAGGGCCCCACAACACAAUUAAUUAAUAGAGCUGAUAGACAAGGAAACACAACUGGUUUACAAAAAGGAUUCAAUCAAGCGUUUCCUGGAAAACCUACUUCAGAUUUACCCCAUACAGUUCAAAGGACCUUUGAUCACACUUCUGUAGUAAACCCAACCAAUGCAUUGGAAAAACCAGAAAGCGUAAGGCACAACAAAAAACACCCAGGAAGGGACUUUCAUGUGCCUGAAGCUUCUUCUAUGCAAAAAGAAAAAUCUCAUAGAGAUGCCCAAAAUGAAGUCAUUCACGCCACUGAGAAAAAGGUCCCCAGGAAUUCCAGAGAUGGUAGUGAUGGAAGUAAACAAUUACCAUCCAUGGAUUCACAUUACCAAAAACAAGGCAAUAUGGUUGGUAAGUAUAAGGAAGGACGAAAAAAUGCACAGCAACACUUAAUAACAUCACCCAAUGAAAACAACAGAACUUGUCUUGAUAAAUCCCCUGUAAUUAAUGGAAGAGGUACACUUCUUCAGAGAGAGCAUUCAGAUUUGGAAUUGGGUGAACUCCGUGAGUCCACUCCUGAUGAAGCCCCUGCUGCAAGGCAAUUUGAUCGAAAGGGUUCGUUUAAACAUGUGGAUAACAAAGGUAGCAUUUCAGAGGUCAGGAAUGCAGAUAUUUCUAAAGCAAGGUCUUCAUUAAAAGCAUCUUUAGACUCAGGAAAGCAGUCCCCAGCCCUUGUUAGUUCUGGUUUACCCACCAAUCUGGAAAGCACCAAUAAAAAGAACUUGGACAAUCAUUUUGAAGAUACAACAAGGUCUCAUUCUAGAGUUAUGCCAUCUCAAUCACAACAUUUGAAAUCUGACCAUGUGGAAGUUGGGUCUCAAAACAAAUUCGCAGAGAGGAGCAGUAAAUUCAGAAUUAAUGACUUUGGGGCGAGCCAAGAUAUUGACUUGGAAGGUCGCAGUGAAAGCAAUAGAAGAGCACCUGUUAAUGCAUCUAAACAGCAAGACAAUAAACGUGGAACAGUUUUGCACACUGUCAAAGAAAAUAAAAGGCGAACACCUAAUUUGUCGGAAGAUAUGGCUGAUGGAGGAAAAGAUUUACUGUUGGUAGAUAUAAAUAACAGCGAUCAAAAGAAGAGAGAAUCAUCUUCAGAUGAAAAUAGUUGCUCUUAUUCGAAGUAUGAAAAGGAUGAGCCUGAACUGAAGGGACCGAUAAGAAAUUUCACCCAGUAUAAAGAAUAUGUGCAGGAAUAUAGGGAUAAAUAUGAUAGUUACAGCUCCUUGAACAAGAUCCUGGAGAGUUACAGGAAUGAGUUUAUGAAACUGGGCAAGGAUUUAGAAAAUGCUAAAGGCAGGGAUAUGGACAGAUAUUAUGAAAUCUUGGGGCAGAUAAAAGAAUCCUACCGACGUUGUGGAACGAGACACCAGAGAUUGAAGAAAAUAUUCCUUGUGCUCCACGAGGAACUGGAGCAUAUUAAGCGAAUGAUCAGAGAAUUUGCGGACUCAUACAAUAAAGAGUAAAAAAUACAAGAGCACUCUUGAGCAUAAAAUUCUAGCCUGCUCCACCAACCUUUGGAAGUUUUGGGUGA